CCCAAAACGAUGGCAUCUAACCGACCCAAACCCAACUAUCGCUAGGGCCUCCCCAAGAAAUCAGAUAAAACACCUUCUUCUCAUUUCAAACCCUAACGCGAAAACCCUAACGCCGACUCUCCAGAGCCAAAAACCAAGCAGAUGGCGAAGUCGAAGAAUCACACGGCUCACAACCAGUCGCACAAGGCUCACCAGAACGGGAUCAAGAAGCCCAGGAAGCACCGUCAUGCUUCCACCAAAGGGAUGGAUCCUAAGUUCUUGAGGAACCAGAGGUAUGCGAGGAAGCACAACAAGAAGAGUGGUGAAACAGCCACAGAGGAAGAAUAGAUGCAUCACCCUCCUGAUGAAAUGGAGCUCACAGGGUUUUCUCUAGUUAGGGUUCUGUUUUAGUAGAUUUUGAGCAAGUUUUACUUCACUGUGAAACAGUUACCAGUUUAUUGGCAGGGGUUGAAUUUUACUUGUCAAGUAUGAGACUAUGAGCUAAACUGAAUUCUGAUUUUGUGGGAUGUUACUAUUGUUGUCUGUUAAGGAUCACAUUUUUAUGAGUUUAUUUGAAAUUCAUUUCUCUUUA